UAAGGGACGCUCGAUAGGAAGAGUUCUUGAUAUAACGCCAGAGAUAGUAUGAGAUGCCCGAGUCGUGGAAAACAUGACGCUUGUGAACGAUACGCUUGCAAUGAUCGUGUCUCUCGUUAAAGAGAAAGGGAGAGUGUAGAGCGUAGAGAAAGGGAACGUUGUAUAACGUAGCGUUUCAAAGACGCGCGAUGAAUGCAAUAAAUGCAAUAAAUGCGGCAGGAAGAUGAUAAAAAGAUAAGUAAAGUAAAUAAGAUCGCGGGAAUCUCUUCUAGAUAUUGUAUCAGAUACAACGGCAAAUAUAAUUUCAAAAGUAUAAUAGCGAUAAACGCUAUUUAGUAUUUUACAGAAGAAAAUGGAAGUAAGUCAUUUGAAAAUCGAUGAAGCCAUCAUCGAGAAAGCCCUUCGAAACAAGUUAUCGGAUGAAACUGUUAGAGUUUUGGAGAUUCAGCUAAACUGUAUGUCGGAAAAAGGAUUAAACUUUCUUAGUGAUCUGUAUAAAGCACACAUCAGAUAUACAGCUUCUCCUACCAAGAAGAAAGAGGAAACGAAAUCGGAAAGAUCAAUCAGUUUGGUUAUUAAAGCCGAACCUCUGAGGGAACUGUCACGCGACAUCGUUCGUCAACAAAAUCUGUUUUUGAUCGAGUUGAAAGUUCUGCGUGACGUUCUACCCAAGAUGAAGGAAUUUGUUUAUCAUCAACUCGGUCCAAAUUUAUUAUGCGGUUUUGACAAUCCUCGCAUUCUCGUUAUGGAAAACCUAAUAAACAGAGGAUUCGCCAUGAAGGAUCGUCAGAAAGGAUUGUCGUUUGAACACUGUCGUUUAGUUAUAGAACAACUUGCCAGAUUACACGCUGGAUCUGUCGCGGUUCUCGAAAAGGAUCCACAGAUAAUCGAAUCUUUUAUAGGUACUGGCAUCGUAUCGACCAAAUGUCCGAAAGCCUUUAUACGAAUGAUGGAAGUGAGCCUACUACGAAUAGCUAACGAAAUACGAAGGUGGUCGAGCGAAAAAUAUGCGAGUGCGGCGAAUAAGCUGGUUAAAUUGUCGGAAACUAUCGGAACGCGUUGUAUUGAUGCGUACAAUUACGACGCGGAUGAAUUCUGCGUACUAAAUCACGGAGAUUGUUGGAUAAAUAAUCUAAUGUUUCGAGAAAACGAGAAAGGCCAACCAAUCGAAAUCUUAUUGGUCGAUUAUCAGAUGGCUGUUUACACGUCUCCGGUCAUCGAUCUACUAUACUUUUUGAACAUUUGUCCAGAAUUUGACAUAAAGUACGAUAACGACGACGAUUUUCUGAAACUCUAUUUGCAUACAUUGGAAGAAACUAUGAAAAAUAUCGCUUGCAAGAGACAGCCACCCACCAUGGAACAGUUAAAACAAGCAAUACAUAAAAGAAGAAUAUACGCUGUCUUUUCUGGAGUAGUGCUUUAUUUGCGAAUGAUGGGAAGUAAGGAGGAUACCGAAGAUUUCGAGGAAUUAUUGACCAAGUUGUUAGGUGAAACGAAAAUGGACGUUUUUAGAAAUCCAGACGCGGUGAAACUAGCGCAUAAAAUGAUCCCAAUUAUGAACGAAAGAGGUUACUUCGAUUAAAAUAAUUUGUUUUAGCUAUUAAGACAAAAGAAGAUUAUAUAUUCUCGAUCUCAUUGGGCCUUAUUUUGUAACGUUAUUAUGCCUAUAUAUAUUGUCAUUGUAUCUUGUAAAAUACAGUGUCUCGCGAAAGUAUUCGAUUACUCAUAACGCAAUCUUUUAUACGAAUAGAAUAUUACGUGUAACAUUUUGAAAUUUCGUCCGCAAUGAGACACGGCUUAUUUGUUGCAAACGUACACUUUGCGAAAAAUUAGUAUACAGCGUGGAUAGAAAUCUGAAACGUAGAUUGAACGACGCAUACAAAUGCUCUCGUUACAUGUUGCAGCUUAUUAAGAUAGAUAAGAACAAUAGAAUACGCAAGUAUCUACUUUGCUACCGCUUCUCACAUCUCAUAACUUCUAUUUACGUUUACAGAUUCGCUUCGAGCUUUACCAAUAUGCGUAGUCGCGAUAGUCGCAGGUAGUAGAGAUUUCAAAAUGUUUGGUACAAUAGAGAAAUAAAAGAUAGGGAAUAAUUUCUACCGUACAUAAGAAUAAAACGUGCUAUAAAAUUCCAACAUUCUUACUAAAUUAAUUCUUUUUUUCAUUCUUUCGAUCCUGGAAUAUAUCUUCUCUGCGGUAUUAUGUCAAAAGCAAAGUCAGAAACUUUCGAUAUAUAACGCUGCUCGAAUUCGAGUUUAUCGAGUUUAUCUUCAAUAUAUGGAAGAAUCGUAAUCUCCAGGAGAAUAUCGUUGUAUGUGGAAUUUGUAUCGGAGCGAUUAAAUAUACGAUAUUAAAACAUA